GCCCCCGCCCCCCGCCUCAGAAGACACAGGAGAUUGGAGCGCAGCGUCCUCUCGAAGAUGGAAGACAUGUCGGGAUACUACCAUCAGACCGCAUCCCUCCACAAUCCUCCCCACCCAUAUUACCCUCAGCCCUACCCUCCACCGCCCUCAGCAGCGCCAGCACCACCACCGCCUCAUCCUUCGUACCAGCACCACCAGCAGCAGCAGCCCUACGCCCUUCCUCAUCAUCCUCAUCCUCUACCCCACCCUUCCAUAGACGAGGUCCGUACCCUCUUCAUAGCCGGUCUUCCUGGCGAUGCCAAGCAUCGCGAGAUCUACAACCUCUUCCGUGAGUUCCCCGGAUACGAGUCUUGUCAGCUCAGGAGUUCUGGGCAGUCAUCCCAGGCAUUUGCAUUUGCUGUCUUCUCAGAUCAACAGUCUGCAGUAGCUGCCAUUCAUGCUCUGAAUGGACUGAUGUUUGACCUCGAGAAGGAAUCGACUCUACACAUUGAUCUAGCAAAGUCCAACUCAAGGUCUAAACGUUCAAGACCAGAUGAUGGAAGACCUUAUUAUUCAGAAAAGAAAGUGAAAGGAUCUGCUGCAUUCUCCAGAAACCAUCCUGAUGCUGGUGUUGGCAGCAAUAUGCACUUCCCUGGAAUGGGUAAUUCUGCUUACAACAUGAAUGGUUAUCCAUCUACACAAAGUCAUGGAAGCUUUGGUAAUGAAGCAGUCAAUGAUACACGCCCUAAAAAAAUAUCGGGUAAAUCUUCCGCACCCAAUGCUCCUCAAGCCAAUACUCCGUGCCCAACCAUUUUUGUGGCCAAUUUGGGCCCAACUUGUUCUGAGCAAGAGCUAAAUCAAGUAUUUUCAAGAUGCCCAGGUUUUUUGAAAGCGAAGAUGCAGAAUAAAAAUGGCGUUCCUGUUGCAUUUGUUGACUUUCAGGAUGUUGCCAGCUCAACAGGAGCGUUGCAUCAGCUGCAGGGUACCUUUCUCUACUCAUCAGUUGGUGAAGGCAUGCGUUUGGAGUAUGCAAAGUCACGGAUGGGGAUGCGUAAGCGUGAAAGAAGGUAGAUUUGACGGAAAACUAGGAAGAGUUGGUCAUCAUCUGGCCUUGAUAACUUUGGUAGCUUGCAGCCCACAUUGGCCGUUCUCUGCCUGGCCACAGGUGGUUGUAAUACAGAUGGCCAUUUAGAUCGUGAUUCCGAUGUGUGGAGGAACCAAUGACCUUUUCUUUAUUUGCUUUGCUUAGUUGUGAGUUUUAGCCAGAGAUAUCUCUUGGUGAGGCUUGAAACAAGCCACUUAAUUUAUAGUUGUUGGAUGUCAAUUGGAUUUCUUGUACUUGCCAUUCUGUUUUGAGGCAUUAAUAUAUGAUGACGAUGUGACAUGUUGUUUGUGUU